UUCCACUGAGGAGAUGCUGGAAAUAAAUGGACUUUGGCUUUUGUUAUUUGGGUUUGAGAUUAUUCAAGAAAGGUUGGUUCUUUGUGAAAAAGAUGUACCUGAACCAGUUGGCUUGUUCCCUUUGAACUCACUGCAUACAACCAAAGACAUCAGUAAUAGUUAUUUGACAGCCGGUACCGCUGUUGGAGUUAGUCUUGCACCAGGACCAGAUGGUAAACCAGGGGGCUCUUACAAUUUUCCAGGAAGUGCUAGCAGUUACAUCGAGAUUCCACAACAAGCACAACUUGAUACUAGAUUUUCUUUCAGUUUUCUAGUUUGGAUCUACAACCAGGGUUCUUUAGGCCCAGUUUUUCACUACGAUAUUCAGUCAGGUUCAUAUGCAAUUCAUUUUUACAUAACCGGAAGUCCAUCAAUGCUCUUCGUAAGGAUGGUUAAAAGAGGAAGUCUUGCAUUCGUUAAUGCUUUGACUCAUGAAAUGGGUACUAUAAACAACUGGAGAUAUGUUGGUUAUACAUACGAUUAUAGCACUGGAAAACAGCAGUUGUUUGUUGAUGGGAUGAAGGUGAAUGAAGGGAAUGUCGGAAGCAUUCAACUCUCGACAAAUUACAAGAUCAAGAUUGGCGGUGCAAAGUAUGGGGACAAAAGACUGUUUAAGGGUCGUGUUUCAUGUCUCCAAAUAUUCAACAAAGCGCUGACACAAGCACAAGUACUGGCAGCCAGGACAAGAUGUGUCGAGAAAAAUGACUACACAUCUUGUUUCCAAUGCGUCUUUCUCGACGAUCCAACAAGAGCCCUCAAAUCUAAUGUCAGCGGUCAACCAGCAGAUAGACAGGCCCUAGUUCGAAGACGAUGGUAUCGACUGAAAAGUGAAGCUGGUACAAGAAUCGUAACUUCCUGUCCAGCCCCAGGUUCCUGUGGAGCCCAGUCUCCAGGAUGGCUCAACGGUCAAUAUCCAUCGUUAGAGACUGGGAUAAAGAAGAUGGAAAUAUGUUACCGUUCAGGAUCAAACUGCUGUGCUAAUAAGGCAACUGUGUAUGUAAGACAGUGCUAUGGGUACCCUGUGUUCAUGCUUGACGAUGUACCAGAUAUCAGCCUUGGUAAUCGUGUCUGUACAGGAACAGAUCAAGAAAGCAUUUUUCCAAACGCAAUGUUCCAGUCAACCAAUGAAAAGUGUUUAUCCGGUCACGUGAUUUAUGCUGAAAUCAAUGUGGUCGAAGCGUCUGUCUGCAUUGGGUACUGCCUGAGUGCUGGGAAGAAAUGCGAGUCUGUUAACUUCAUCCAGCUUGACAAUGGAACCUGUCAACUCAAUAACGCUACCGCCAUAGAGUUUCCACAGCAUGUUAAUGCUAACAGUAGCUGUACGUAUUAUCAAAGCAACACAGCAUUAAUGUCUUACGUUAUGCCAUAAAAUAUAAAAUAUAAUCUUGCUGAAAUGUAUUCUCCAGCUCCUCCAGCUUAAGUUCUGGCUGGUAUUCUACCAGCAAAAGAAGCACCGGGAAUAUUGAAAAGUUUGAAAAGUUCUUCAAUCCAAUCAUUCAAGAAUGAACUGAAAACUCAUUUGUUCAAGAACUUUGUCUCCUCUGGUUCAAAGUGAACAUCAAUGAACUAUGACAUUUCAUUAAUAUUGUUUUCAACAUACGUCUAAUAUUUAUUAUUUCUUUUAUUGUGAAGCGCCGUG